AUUAUUAAAAGUACUUUUAUUUAUAUAUUUCUUGUUGUAAUUGGUUGACAUCUAUUUGAUAUAAUUAUGACUCAUUUAGUAAGUGAUUGUGGUUUCCUGGAACACAUUCUUUCCUUCUAGGUGUAUAAUUUAUAAUGAAGCAGCUUAUAACAGUCCGCAGUUCACUAUCCAACUACUUAUGAAUAGAUAUUUAUUCAGACCAUCUUUAUUUAAAAUUGAUUUCAUUAAAAAUAAUUUCAAAUGUUGCUACUUUGUGGUUUUUUGUUGAAAAUCUUUCUAACUAAUACGUUAGCUUAUAAUUUGGAUAUUACCAAUGCUAAUGUAUUUGUUAUUCCACAAAAAUUACAAGAUAGACAACGAAAUAGUUAUUUUGGAUAUUCUACUACUUUGUAUAAUAAUGGUCAAAAUAUUUCCGGAGUACUUAUCGGUGCACCAAGAGCAAAUAGCAGUUAUCUUCAAUCUGUAUUAGAACCAGGAACCGUUUAUAUGUGUUUGCUUAAUAAUGUGUGUAAAGAAUGGGUCGUUGACAAAUCUAAAAAUACAAUUAAUACGAAUAGAAAUAAUUCAUGGACCGGGGCAAUUGUUAUGACAGAGAAUAAUGGAAUUCAUUCUAAAGUUCUGGUUUGUGCUCCACGAUGGUUAAAAAAACAUACAUAUUGGUAUAUAAAUGGUAUAUGUUAUUGGACCACUGCCGAUAGCUUAAAAUCAUUUGAAAAAGAAUCGAAGAAAAUAACCAAUGUCUAUCCAAUUAAUGAGAAGAGUAGUCAAAUUGGUUUUUCGGCAGACAUAAGCUCUGAUGAAUCAGGAUGGAAUGUUAUUUUGGGUGACCCAGGUAUAAAUUAUGGGGAAGGUGCUUCAGUAUAUUUUACACAAUCAACUUCUAGUUCUAAACUAACUAUUACUUCAAGUAAUAAAUUUACACAGAGGUAUAAUAAUUACUUAGGAUAUUCAACAACUUUCGGAUUUUAUUUUAGCAAAAAAGAACGAUUGUUUGCUUCAGGUUCGCCGAGAGGUAAUAAUAUGAAAGGAUAUGUCGUAGUAUAUUCUUUUUCUAAAGGUUCCAGAAAUAGUAUGACUAUUAGUAAUAUCCUGAACGGUUAUCAAUUUGGAGAAUAUUUUGGAUCUACUUUGGCAUCGUGUGAUCUAAAUAAUGAUGGUAGAGAUGAUUUAAUUGUCGGUGCACCUUUUUGGACUAGAGAUAUUGAUGAGGGUCGAGUAUACAUCUUUAAUGCAUUGAAAAAUAACAAUUUUAUGAAAGGAUUAGAAAUUGAAGGUGAUGUAAGUGGAGGAAGAUUUGGCUCUUCUAUAACAUGCUUAGGAGAUAUUGAUUAUGAUGGAUACAAUGAUAUAAUAAUUGGAGCACCAUAUGAGGGAAAUAGCGGUGCAAUAUAUUUAUACAACAGUGAUAAAGAUGGAAAUUUGAAAUGUAGUCAAAAAAUAAUUGGUUCAGAAUUGUCAUCAAACGUUCGUGGAUUUGGUAUAUCAAUAUCAAAACCUUUGGAUAUAAAUGGCGAUAAAUAUCUUGAUAUUGCAGUAGGAGCUUAUUUGUCUGAACAAGUUUUUCUCUUAAAAUUUAUACCUGUUGUUACAAUAACAACAAAUCUUGAAUUUCCUCAUAAAAAAUCAUUGUCUAGAGAUUCUGAAUCUUUUUUAAUUAACAUUUGUACUUUUUAUCAUGGUUUACACGCUCCUAUAGAAUUAAAUAUUACUCAUUAUUUGGAAAUAGAUCUGUUAUAUAAAAGAGCAUAUUUGAAAGAUGAAAAGACAUAUUGUACUUAUAAUUUAUCAACUACAUUAGAAAUAUCCAAACGUCGAUGUGAUCCGUUAACAAUUCAUCUUAAACGUAAUAUUCAAAAUGUGAUCAAUCCGAUUACGUUAUCUGUGCUAGUAGAUAUAAAUAAUAGCACGCAAGAAGUUAAUAAGUCAAGUAACAUUGUUCAUAGAACACCAGCACUACUAAACAAAUUAAAUUCAAAAACUAAAGAUAUUAUUCAGUUACCAUUUAUAUUAGAAUGUGGUGAUGAUAAUAUUUGUAACUCAGACUUACGAAUAUCUCUUCAAACUAAUUUAGAGUUUAAUAAUACAUACAUUAUUGGAUCAGCAUCAGAUCUUAAACUUAUUAUCGAUGUUUAUAAUAAUGGUGAGCAUGCUUAUCAAACACAAGUACACAUUUUUAUUCCAAAUCCCUUGUCAUUAGCAAGUAUACCUACAGCAUGCUUAGAAUCAGCUAAGACGAAUGAAAAUGUUUUUCAAGUCAUUUGCGACAUUGGAAAUCCUCUUACCAAUGAAAACAACAAAACAAUGGUAUUAGAAUUGGAUGCGAGUAAGGUUCGUUUCGAUGUCAAGAGUUUGGAACUAUUUGCAAAUGUUUCUACAAAAAGUGAAGAAAUUAAUAAAAUUGAUAAAAAUUAUACCAUGGAUGUUUAUUUUGACAUUGACGUUGAUAUAGCUAUAGCAGGAAAAGCACAAGACAAUGUAUACUCGUACUCUCAAGAGGAUGAAGAAAGUUUACAAAAUAUUAGAUUUAAACAUAUUUACGAAGUGCAAAAGUUUGGAUUAAGUCCAAUUAACGAAGCUACCCUAUCGAUAGAGAUUCCAACACGUUGGAAAAGUACUGAUUAUGAUAUAGAAUUGAUUAGUAUUAAUCAAACUAUUGCUUAUAUGGAUGGUAAUAUUCUUAACUUGAAAAUCAAUGACAUGGAUGAUUGUCAAAAUUGUCAAACAAAUGUUAAAUUACAUGAUGAAAAUCAAUUUAACUUUAAUAAUACGCCAAUAAUUAUUUCGUCUGAUGACAGUUUAAAAAAAAGCACAAAUGCAUCUCUUGAAAACAGAGUACUGUUCAUGAAUUGUAGUAAUCAACAGAUUGUUUGUAAAAAAAUAGAAUGUACAUUAAAUCCUUUUAUAAGUUCUUUAUCCGUAGCUCAGCUCAUAAUUACUUUUGAUUUUAAAGUAUCAAAUAUUGUAUCGUCAUUUUUAAAAGACAAAAAUAUAAUAUUAUUUGCGUCUAAAGGCAGAGUGAACAUUACUCAACCACCUAAUGUUAUUCAAGGAAGUACAAAUAAACCAGAUAUUACUGUCAUAACAACCAAAUUUGAAGGAUCUCCAAUAAAUGAACGGGUAGCCAUGUGGAUAAUAGCUUUAUCAAUAUUUCUUGGAAUCGCAGUUUUCAUAUUAAUUAAUUUAGCUCUCAUUAAAUUGGGUUUCUAUCAAAGAAAGAAAAAAGAACAAUUGGAGGCUUUAAAAGCUACGUCAAAUGUAAGUUGUUUAUUAUACAUCAUCUAUACACCAAUUCGUUCGUAUUACUUUAUAUUUUCAUUGUGAAUAUUUUAGGAUAAAGGUUCUAUGGUUCUAAACACAACUUCAUCUGAACCCUUUGAUCUAGAGUAAGUGAAUAAGAAAUAUGUUUUUAAAUCUUGUUGU